GCUCACGUAUUUUUACCUUCUCUAUUCUUGGCAGGAAACCUUUAGGCUUCUGCUCUUAGCGGUAUUAUAAAUUUUUCCAAGCUGACUACGCGUUGUCGUUUUAUCCCUUCUGCCGUGGCACCGCUUCCACACAAACACUGCACUUCUUGAAGAACCAGUAUUUGUCCUCCAAUACGUUCGUCGUCGCCAAGUGCUUUAGUGCACACAAAUCGGAAGAAGAAGCAUCUUUUUUUUUUUAAAUAUUUUUGGCACCUGAAGCGUUUGUAAGCACGUGUGGCGGAAUCACCUCCAAAGCAAAACAGCUACUAUUUCUGCUACCGCUACUACAUACACAGCCUUCUCCCACCAUGGCUGCACUACUGGAAGGCUACGAAACGCGUCUGGCGGCAGUGGCGGCCUCCACCGUCAAUCAGCAACGCAUCAACUACGGCAGUCGUGUGCUGCUGCCAUCCAGCGUGUUGGACGACUUGAGCAGGAUUACGAUGGUCUAUCCUCUGCAAUUUGAGAUCGUCACCCCCGCUAGGAAGCGGGUGUACGCGGCUGUGCUAGAGUUCAACGCACAGGCGGGCUCCGUCGUGCUACCGGAUUGGAUGUUCGACCACCUCGGGCUGAAGUGUACGAUGAUUGUCAAGGUGCAAAGCUGCAGCCUGCCGCCAGGCUCUCUCAUCAAGCUGCGGCCGCACCAGAAGGCUUUGGUGAUGUUUGAAAACCCACGUCACUUGCUGGAGCUGCGGCUGUCACAGUACCCUGUCCUAACGAAAGAGGCAACUAUCGUUAUUAGUUACCUUGAUCGCGAGUUUCGGCUCGACUUGGUGGAUAUCAUCGACUUGAAGCAGAAUUCUGUCGACGGCAUACUCACUGUGCGUGCCGAUGGUGCGCCGGUGGAGCUGAAGGUGGACUUUGAGCGGCCGCUCGACAUGCCGCCCUCCCCACCAGAGGAAAGCCUGCACUCAGUGGCCUCCCCCACCGGCUCCAACGUGAUUGGCGCAGGCAGCCCUACUGGGGUGCAGUUCAAGCCUUUCCACUUCAAACCACCGAGCCUCACCGACACGAACGCGCCAGCAGGGGCGUCGCAGACACCUGCCGGCGCCUCUACGGCAGUCUCAUCUGAGCAGCCAUCAUCUUCCGCGCAUCAAGACGGUCAGAGGAGCGGCGCCUUCACAGGCACCGGUCGUUCCUUGCGCGGCAGCGCGGUGUCAACGUGCGAUGCAACUGAUGGUGCGUCCUCGGCUACGUCUGUCGUCCGUCCCAGUCCAGAGGAGCUGCGCGAGAUGCGCCUCCGAGCCCUGGGUGGUGGUGCAAAGCACGUCUAA